CUGCUCAAUCAGAUUUUCUUUCGUGCAAUACUUUCUAAACUUAAUUUUUAAAAGGUGUGUAAAUAAAUAACAGCAUUGGUAAAUGUUCAAUUUUUAUUCUUAUGCAAACGAUAUUAUAGACAAAAUUGCAUAGCUUCUAUUAGUGAGCAAAAUAAAAUAAAACACGCGAGUACCAACCCAAAGGCAGACGGACAGGGAACAGGAAAAAUGCAUAGCACAUUACUUGAUGAGCUCAACCAAAAUGGUUACAUUGUUAUUGAAAGUUUCCUUAACCCAGACGAAGUCAAUGAACUUUACUCAGCAGGACGAGAACUUUGUAUGGAUGCACCACAAGAAAAUCGGAAAAUCUUCAGCACAGUAAAUCAAAAGGAUGCUCACAGCAAAGAAACUUAUUUUCUUGAUUCAGGUGACAAAGUUCGUUUUUUCUUUGAGGAAGGUGCUGUGGGAGAAAAUGGUGAACUAUUAGUAGAUCCUAUGAUAGCUCUAAAUAAAGUAGGACACUCCUUACAUAUUCAUCAUUCCAUAUUCAAUAAGAUGACGUUCAGUAAUCGUGUUAAGGAAGUCUGUUGGCAGUUAAACUUCAAUAAGCCGGCAGUAUGUCAAAGUAUGUAUAUCUACAAAAAUCCAGGUAUAGGUGGGGAGGUUAUAUCGCAUCAGGAUUCAUGGUUUUUGCACACCGAGCCGAACUCGGUGAUUGGGUUUUGGUUUGCUCUCGAAGAUUGUACUCUCCAAAAUGGUUGCUUGCAGGCUAUUAAAGGAUCCCAUAAAAGUGGAGUUCAUCGCCGUUACAUGCGCAAUCCGGAUAAAGAAGCCAAUCAAUUACUUAUAUACGAUCGACCUGCACCAAUAUAUUCACAAUCAAGUUUCACGCCACUAAUUGUAAACAAAGGCACAUGUAUCAUUAUUCACGGCAAUGUGGUGCAUAAAAGCGAACAAAAUCAGUCGCAAAAGAGUAGACAUGCUUACACAUUUCAUGUUAUUGAGACUGAAAAUGUGAAAUAUUCUGAAGAUAAUUGGCUUCAGCCAAUUGAAAAUACACCUUUUCCUGUUUUGUUUGAAAGAAAAAACGAAAGUGUAGCUUUAUGAAAAAAAAGAUUUGCUUUAAUGCGAGCAACUCUAACAAGUAUGGAGCCAUUAUGAUAAAUAUGUAUGUAUGUAAGUAUAUACAAAGGCAAAUGUAAAAAAUAAAAGUUUAAAUUUU